AUGCAUGCAGAUCCGCAGACUGUGCUGCUGAGGGACACCCAGAAGAGCCGCAGCCGGAGGCUCGUUCUAGACCCGCACGCUGUGAACGUUCCGCUGGACUCAGCCCCUGCUGUCUUCUUCAUGCGGGUGCGGCUGGGGGAGACCGGGGAGAUCUUCCGGGCGCCCAACUGCCGCAUCGACAUGACCGUGCGGGAGCUCAAGGAGGGGCUGGAGCUGGUGGCCGGCAUCCCCUUCAACUUGCAGCGACUCCAGUACCUGGACCAAGGAGUCCUGAUGGACGACACGACCCUGAGGUUCCAUGACGUGGUUCCCGGCGGCGUCAUCUCACUGUGUAUCUGGCAUUAUGGUGGCUGGACAGAGCUGGUGCUGGCAGCUAUGGAAGGGGACCCCAGCAAGCUGUCCUGUCUCGGCAUCGCUGACAACUCCCUCCAGACUGUGAACUCGCAGCAGCUGGAAGGCAAGAAGCAGAAGCUCUGGACGUCCCCGAGGGCAUUUGUGGCCUUGUUCAUUACCUCCCACAGAGGCCUCUUUGAUGCCGUGCGGUACCUUCUAGAAAAUGGAGCCAACUGCCUCGGCCGAUCCCCCCUGGGCCGGACGCCCCUGCACGUGGCCGCAGCCAUGGGCCGGCUGGACUGCAUCGGCCUUCUGCUCGAGCACGGUGCCUCCAUCCACGACAAAGACGCCAAGGGGGAGACCCCCAUCGCCCUCGCCCGCCGCCUGAACCGCAAGCAGAGCGAGCAGCGCAUGCUCCUCCUGCACUGGGUUAUGAAGACGGGGGCCACGGACCUGAGCGGCUCUGCCCUCACGAAGGCUUUCCAGAGGGUCAAGUCUGGCUUCGCUUCCAAGUACAGGACCCAGACUCGGCUCCCCGUGGCAGCACUGGCCUCUGGACGCUGACUCCGGUCACUUUCCGCAGUGCAAGCCCACGGUGGCCCGGCGAGCAGGACACGGGGAACGUGCUGGGUAAACUGUUGGACGCUGGCUUGUCUGUCCUGGUGGUGAGGACUUGGGGGCAGGGGUGUGGGUCCCCGACCACGUGCUCCACCUCUGCGUUCGGGCAGUAACUCACUGCGGCCCCGAGAGGCGCAGAUGCCACUUGGGCAUCGACUUAAGCUGUUUGCAGAUUGCACCCGAAAUGCCGCCUGGGCAGGGGAGCCCAUUCCCUCAUGCCCUCGCAGAGACCCAGCGCACAGCAUGAUGGCAGCGGGGACAACGCGGUUGUCGUACAAAACAGGCAUGGCAAACGUCGGGGUCGCCGCGUCCUGGUGCUGGGAGUGUCCGUCUGUGAAACCCGUAAAACACAAUCCUUCCACAGCUAGGGGCACUCCCGAAGUCUGCCUGAGCCAUCUUUGGGCGGCCCGCCUCCCGAGUCGGGGGUCAGGAAGAACUCUGCUCCAGCGUGUUCUAAAGGGAUGCCUUGUUGAAAGGGGACAGUUGAGUUGACCUCAGAUGUGGAGGGACCAGACGACGGCGAGUUCAUACAGGGCGGUGGGUGCUGGGCGCUGGCUUUUACCCCACCCUGGUGGCCCGGGAGGCCCCCCCCCCGUGUUCUCCUUUUCCUAGAACCUGGGGAGCACCUUUCUCCCUCCCUCGGGGCAUUCCGCCUGGAGUCUGUCCUCACGCGGGGCUCUCCCUGCUGGGCCCGCCUGCCCUGGGUGAAGGAGCUGGAGGCACGGGAAGGAGACCCGCGGACGGGGUGCUGUGAAGCUCUGGUGGAGACGAGCUGGCCGCAGCUGGAUCUUCUCAGAGCCAGGCGCCUGGCCUUUUGAGCGGCACCUCCUGCAUUUUAAACGUUGCCUGAGCUUGAGAAGAACAUGGCAGGGUCCAGAAGGAGGAUUUGGGGCCCGCCCACAGGACGGCCUCUGUCUCAGUUUCCCCGAGAAAUGUGGCGGAAGCAGCUCACAUCUCAUUGGGAUGGUCCACAGCAGGGGAUGGCCACGGCCUGCCGGGUGACACUUCUCGUCCACCUCCCACAGGCCACACAGGCCAUGUACCCUAACAGCUCCCGAACGACCACGUGUGGCCACGGCCCCUGCACAGCAAGUCCUGGUCUCCAAGCGAUGGGCAAAGGCCCUGCACCCCGGCUGCCCUCCUUUCCGGCUUCAUCCCACUGACCGGAUGCAGCUUUUAAAUUAACUGGCUGCAUCCACGUCUGUCAUGGUGGACGACCAGUGUCGACGGUGUGGUUUCAGCUCAGUGGCCGUGGCUGCGCCGGCUCAGCCUUCUGUUUGACAGUCAGGGAAGUAGCCCGGCCGCCACCAGGGCAAACUCGAGACCGCUUUUGGCAGAUGCUCUCCAAAGGCAACGGGCAGACGUUAAAUAACCCCCGCCCCGCGCUCAUUCAUUUAGCUAAAGCCGGUCGCGAGGGGUGACGUGGGUGCUCCUCUAACAAGUGUCAUUACUCAGAGUGACAUGUUUGCCAAGAGCGCGACUAAGCUGCCUUUGUCGUUACGGGAGCCGAGUGCCCUAAUAUUGGGCCAAACACUUUUAUCUUCCUAAAUCCUGGAUUCGAUUAGAUGCUUGGCCAGACCUUGGGCAAAUUCCAGACUCUCUGCGGUGACAUUUUGUCCAGUCUGUAACAGGGUCAUCUGAACACGUGCAUAGGCCCUAGGGAAUGCUGUGUUCCCCCCUCCCCUCCCAAUAGGGCAAGAGAGACAAAGACAGAAAGAGGAAAAGAGAGAAAUCCCUCUCCCACCCCAGGAAAUGGCUUGUUGCU